UGUAUUGGGAACGUGGAGGCCACCACCACAACCGCAGAAUGAAACAGUUCAAGAGAAAGAGGAAAAGCAAUUUUACGAUGAAAGAAACUGAAACCUUGUUGAAGGAAGUGGAGGACAGAAGAGAUAUAAUUUAUACCCAACAGCAUGAUGCAAUAACCAAUGAGUUAAAAUGGAUGGCUUGGAAGGAGAUAGCAGAAAAAGUCAGUGCUGCAAGUGGUGGUGAACAGCGCACUGCAUAUGAGGUGAAGAAGAAAUACACUGACUUAAAGUGCUACUUGAAGAAAAGAGGGGAAUGUUUGGAUAGGAUGGAAGCCAUGAUGACUGACUGUAGUCCCACUUCAAUACACAGUUUUAAUCACAAUGCCAUCAAUGGUGAAACAUCCUGUAAGUUUGAUGAUUCAUUCUUGAUUGAUGAACCCAGUAGACCUCUUUGUGUAGUCAAAGUGGAAGAUGGUGAUGAUCACGUGGAAGAGGAGGAGGAAGAACUGGGACUGCAACAUACAGAGUUUAGAAGUCUGGCAGAAGAACCCAAUGCAUUCACAAGCCCAUUUCCUACUGUUCGACCACUAGAAGUAGUUGACAAUUAUUCAGAGGCAGAAGGAUGUUCUUCAAGCUCUGAUCAACUUGCAGUGAAGAAUUGCAGUUCACGUGCACUCUUCUUUGUAGAGAAACAGCGUUUAGAGUUGGAGAAACAACGUGUAGCCCUUGAAUCUGAAAGACUACAGGUGGAAAAAGAGCGCUUGCUUAUUGAAAAAGAAAAGCUGCGUUACUUGGACAUUGAAAAUGAGCGCCUGCAGCUGGAGAAAGAGCGCCUACAGCUGGAGAAAGAACGCUUGCACAUCAAGAGAGAGAAAUUGAAGUUAUUGACCUUGCAGGCCCGAAAGUUAUCACCAGAGAAGGAACUUGACUUAUUGACUGAAAAAACAAACUUAACGUCAGUGGAUAUUGAAGCAGAAAAGUUGAAAUUGGAAAAAGAGCGUUUGCAUUUGAAGAAGGAAAGACUGCAGUUCUUAAAUAUUGAGUCUGAAAAGCUGCAGAUAGAGAAAGAACGACUGCAACUUGAAAGAGAACGGUUGCAGUUACAAAAAGAUUGCCAAAAACAAUGAUACCAUUUUUCUGCCCAAAAGCAGGUCUGACUCGCAGGCUGCAAGCGCCAUCAUGGUUAGAGCAUGGAAGCAUCCAUUCCAGAGGAACUGAGGAUCAAAUACUGUGUAGUUGGCACCAAUCUGAUCCACACUGUCCAUUAGUCAUUUGAGCCAUCCAGCCAGCCAAAGAUUUUAAGUUACUGCGGCAUUACGCACUUUUACCUGCAUAGUGUAGUCCAGAGCCAUUAAUAGUGAUCCUGGAAGCUCCAAAUUUCUUUCCAUCGGGUGCUUGGCCACAAAUCUCACCCACUCAGCACAUUGGUAAAUGCUGGAAGGAUUUUACAGGUUGAUACUAAAAUCUGGCUGUGUUAUGAAUGCACCUUCUUUGGCCAUGAACUCCUGGAUGAGACUUGUACUCUUGGCUCAAAGAUAGGGUGCUACGCACUGCACCACAGAGCUCCUUGCAAGUUGAUUGUACACUAAUAAUUACAAGCUGUGCAAUAAUCUUUUUGAUAAUAAUUUUCAGGUUAAAACUCUCAAUAAUCCUUUUAUUAUACCAUUGGUGCAUCCAGGUUUUGAGUUGAUGCCUGAAACUUCACCUAGGAGUUACUGACUGCAUGACUCCUAGUAGCCUAUAAGGUUCUGUACUGUUAACAUAUAUAAAAAAAACUUUGAUCAUACUUAUUACUUUGCAGAUAACACUUUUACUGAAGAAGUGACUACUUUUACAAAGAUUUCUAUCUGAUCAGCACUAAUUACAUUCAAGCCUUGAACACAGAAAUGUAAAGGGAUUGUAAUAGCCCACUGUAUUAGCUGGUUCUUGUCACUAGGGUGCAACAGCAGCAAUGAAAGAAACAGAAAAUCCAAUUGAGAUUGAACAUUUUUAUUUUGAAUGCCUGGUGUUGCAAAAUCCAACAAUAGCCUUUUUACACUUUUUUUUACAACUGUGAUUGACAAGCAAUUUUAAGCUGUUUAAUGAAAAAUGUCUGAGUAAUCAUUGAGUUAAUUUGUUGAGUAUUUGAACAAUAUACUUAAAAGACUACAAUUUGCUGAUUUCACAUGAGAAACCACAGAAAAACUACAAAUGCUUCAGUUUCUGUGGAUCAGGGAGAGAAGAUUUGGCUGGAGUUUGUACUCUGACUACUCUCCAGUCCCUUCCAUUGGAAAGCAUGUUGUAUUUUAUACAACCCCCAUGUCAGAACAAACAUACACAACCUCUACCUCUAGCUUUGAUGGUUAAUUUUGUUUACAUUUAACUUUUAGCUGAAAAGAAUUUGUGUCUAGAUAUUAGUUUGCAGUACUACUAUGAUCUCACUUCAGUAACCAAGUACUCCUUUGUUAGUGUGUCAUAAAUUUUAAUGCAGUAUAUUUGCACAAUAUAAAAGUAGAAGAUUGGGUGAAAGAUCUGUGGGUACUAUUUGAAAAAUUACACUGUGCUUUUGGUAAAUUGAGGGCUGAUUAUUAACAAGUUCCUUCUGUUAUAUUUCACCUGUAUACAUUUCAAUCUGCUACACUAUUCAGCUUUUGAA